AGAGGCAGUAACAGAUUUUCUAGCUAGAUUUGAUAGACUGACCAGUAGAAGAAAAAGAUACUGAACAGAGUUAAAUUUAUAUUGAGGAUUUAAAAUAUUUUAAAUCCCUAGAGUGGAGGGCAGAGGAAGGAUUGAAGGUAUAGACUUGAAAACCAUUAGAGUGUACAUGUUAUUUAAAACCAUGAGACUUCAUGAGGUCCCCAAGGAAAUAAGUAUGGAUAAAGGUAAAGAAGAACUAUCAAUGACCAAACUGGUGAGGAAGGAGGAAAACCAGAAAUGUGAUGUCCUGGAAGCCAAGUGAAGAAGAGUUUCAAAGAGGAGGAAGAGAGGCACUCUGGAGUUCCUAGUGUGAAAAAGACAGCAUGAACUUUACGCCGACACAUACCCCUGUCUGCAGAAAGCCGACAACUGUCCCCAAACAUGGCGCUGCCUGUGGCUUCAGUGGUUCCAGCAGGUGGAAGGGAGUAUCUUUCUCAGAGUCAGUGGAAUCAACUCCCUUGCCUUCCAUUGAAGAUCGUCUGGCCAUCCUCUUCCCUUCUCAGGAGCUUCUGGAAUAUUAUCAGAAGAAGAUGGCUGAGUGUGAGGCAGAAAAUGAGGACUUAUUGAAGAAACUGGAACUGUACAAAGAAACUUGUGAAGGACAGCACAAACUAGAAUGGGAUUUGCAGCAGAGGGAGGAAGAGAUUGCUGAAUUACAGAAAGCUCUAAGUGACAUGCAGGUCUGCCUCUUCCAGGAACGGGAACAUGUUUUGCGCCUUUACUCAGAAAAUGACCGACUGAGAAUCAGGGAGCUAGAAGACAAGAAAAAGAUUCAGAAUCUCUUGGCUCUUGUGGGAACAGACACUGGAGAAGUGACCUAUUUUUAUAAGGAGCCUCCCAACAAAGUCAGCAUUUUUCAAAAGACUAUCCAGGCAAUGGGUGUAUGUGAACAGAAUGAAGCUUCAACUUUCAGAGCAGAUUCUAAAAUAAGCAAAAGAAAACCAGCACUGAGAGAGAAGGAAGAAAGUUCUGAGCAAUACCAAAGAGAUAUACAAACACUUAUCCUACAGGUGGAAGCACUGCAGGCUCAGCUGGAAGAACAGACCAAACUUUCUAGAGAGCAAGUUGAAGGGCUCAUGGAAGAUAGACGGAUUCGCAUUGAGGAAAUACAAGUUCAUCACCAGAGAAAUCAGGACAAAAUCAAAGAGCUUACCAAAAAUCUCCAUCACACCCAGGAACUGCUCUAUGAGAGCACAAAAGACUUUUUGCAACUCAGAUUUGAAAACCAAAAUAAGGAGAAAUCGUGGAUGCUUGAAAAGGAUCAAUUAAUGUCAAAGAUUAAGCAAUACAGAGUACAGUGUAAGAAGAAAGAAGAUAAAAUUGGAAAAGUUUGGCCAGUUCAUGAGAGUCAUCACAAGGAAAAUGAAUAUAUUAAGUCCCUAAAGGACAAGUUAGCACAAGAGAAAAAGCUGUCUAACAUGUACCAAGAGCAGUGCAUUUCCCUAGAAGAACAACUUGCCCGAAUUCGUGAGGAAGAGGGAGUGAGGAGAGAGAUCUUCAAGGAUCGCUCUAACAAGAUGGGGAAGCGUUUACAGGUAAUGACAAAACGCUAUCAGGCCUUGGAGAAUCGGCGUAUCUUGGAAGUGGAAGGCUUUAAGACAGAUAUUAAGGUUCUCCGGCAGAAAAUGAAAGACUUGGAGCAAAUGCUCUAUAAGGCAACAUUUAAUGCCCGGGCAAACCAAGAUCUUGCCAUUCUGUGUGAGGUCCGUGACAGCAAUAGACGGGCACAUAAGAUACAAGGAGAACUGAAGAACCUAAAGUCCAAAGUAUUUGGUCUGGAGAAUGAACUUAGACUUUGUUGAUGUUUACUUUUAGAGGUGGCUCUCACCUGUAAUGAGUCUGCUUUCUGAAAUCUGAGACAAAGGUCAUCUUCUUCCAAAAACUGUAGGCAGAGUUGACUAGAGUGGUGUUAUCCAUUGUUAUAAAGGGUGAAGAAUCAGGGACCACAAAAAAAGCCUUUCUUUCAUGCUAAGCUUUAUAAUUUUUGCUGACCUAUUAACCUUUUUUGUUUUUUUGGUCUGGAUUAUAACCUAAAUUACCUAGAGAAAUUCGUACAUUAUCUCCCCCAUUUGUAAUGACAGGGAUUUUUGUUUGUUUGUCUGUUUUUAAAGAAGACACUGAUGAUCAAAUGGGAGGGAGGCUGGGGGACAGUGUGAAAAAGGUGAAGGGAUUAAGAAGUAUAAACUGGUAGUUAUGAAAUAGUCAAGGGGAUAUAAAAUGUAGUGCAGGAGUCAGUAAUAUUGUAGUAACUAUGUAUGGUGUCAGAUGGGUGUUAGACUAAUUGGGAGUUGCUUUGUAAAUUAUAUAAAUGUCCAACCAUUGUGCUUUGGUUAUAAAUUAUAAAAUGAAUUUAAAUAAUAUAGAAUGUCAACUGUAAUUGAUAAAUAAAAGAAAGACAGUGACAGUGAAAAUCUAGGAGGAAGAGAUUUUUGCUAUGAGCUUGGCUGAGUGUCAGUGGGAGGAACACUUUUCCUGAGGAGAUAAAGGUAUCAGAUCACAAUUGUCAAAUAUGAAUAGACAGUAAUUCUGCUAUUUAACUUCAGUUCUGAGCUGUGAGACCUGAAUUACUUUCUUGGACGCCCAACCUCAUGAAGUUUCACCAGAGGGCACUAGAGACCCUACUCUUAAGCAAAGUAUUUAGGAAAAUAAAGGUGCCACUUUGGUAAGAGUGAGUAAAAUGUAAAUGAUCCUUAUAUGAAAAGUUCAGUAUUUUACUAAUAACAUGUUUUUUAAAAAAAUAAUGUAUCUAUUUUAAAUUGUUUUUCAAUAAAAUAUGUAAUUGAUGAAAAUA